GUGUGUGUAUACACACACAGUGCCGUGCUUUUCUCUCAGCAGCAGCAGGAUGUAGCCUAAUGUGGGGCCAUGGAACAGACGUGUCAUGGGCUCCGCUGAACGCUCUCUGGACUAACUGUGGACAGAAAGCACUUCCAGCUGCUGCUGCAGACACACACUGGCGCUUCUUCUGAUCCAAGGCUACUAGCAGCAGUCGAUGGGAACCUGCUCAUCCAGCUGACGUCUACUAUGUGUCGAGGGAUGGCGCUGUCUUUUCUUCUCUUCUUCUCUGCUGUGUUGCCCUUAAUCAGAGUGUCUGCAUCCUAUAAUACAUCUGCUGGUUGUGCUAUCAUCCGUCCUCCCAGAGAUGGAGGGAUAAGGUACAGAGGUCUGACACAAGAGCAGAUCCGCAGUGUGCAGGUGCUCCCGGUAGACUAUGAGAUAGAGUACAUCUGCAGGGGCAACAGGGUGAUUGUGGGACCCAAGGUCAGGAAGUGUUUGCCCAACGGCACUUGGACCGAUCUGAUCCAGCGCAGCAGAUGCUUGUUAUUGUGUCCUCGGGUAUGGACAUCAUUGGAAAAUGGCCGGGUGUCUUCUUGGCCCCUGGGGCCCCCAGUGGAGGGGACAGUGCUACAUUACAGCUGUCUGCCUUCCUUCAUCCUCAUGGGUCGAAACUCAACACAGUGCAAUAAGAUGGGCAAGUGGGACACGCCCAAACCUGUGUGUCACUAUGACCGCCACUACAAAGGCAAAAAGAAGCUCUACAUCGGAGCCCUGUUCCCCAUGAGUGGAGGCUGGCCCGGCGGACAAGCCUGCCUCCCAGCCGCGCAGAUGGCUCUGGACCUGGUCAAUAAGAGGGCCGACAUAUUGCCGGAGUACCAGCUGGAGCUGAUACACUAUGACAGUAUGUGCGAUCCAGGUGAGGCCACCAAGCUGCUCUAUGACCUUCUGUACACGGAGCCCAUUAAAGUGGUGCUGAUGCCCGGCUGCAGCUCUGUGUCCACGCUGGUGGCCGAGGCUGCUCGCAUGUGGAACCUCAUAGUGUUGUCGUAUGGCUCCAGCUCUCCGGCUUUGUCUAAUCGCCAGCGGUUUCCCACCUUCUUCCGCACUCAUCCGUCUGCCACGCUGCACAACCCCACUCGGGUGCAGCUCUUCCAGAAGUGGAAAUGGACCAAGAUUGCCACCAUUCAGCAAACAACCGAAGUUUUUACAUCAACUCUGGAUGAUCUGGAAGAGAGGGUGAAGGAAGCAGGGAUUGAAAUCAGCGUUCGUCAGAGCUUCCUCACCGACCCUGCUGUGGCUGUCAAAAACCUUAAGCGCCAGGAUGCCAGAAUUAUUGUUGGUCUAUUCUAUGAGACGGAGGCCAGGAAAGUCUUCUGUGAGGUGUACAAGGAGAAGCUGUAUGGGAAGAAGUAUGUGUGGUUCCUCAUUGGCUGGUACGCAGACAACUGGUUUAAGAUCAAGGACCCAUCCAUUAACUGCACUGUGGAGCAGAUGAGCGAGGCUGUGGAGGGUCAUGUGACCACUGAGAUUGUCAUGCUCAACCCAGAGACGGUGCGAGGGGCCUCCAACCUGACCUCUCAGGAAUUUUUAGCUCAGCUGAUGUCUAAACUCGGAGGUAAAAAUCCAGAGGAGACGGGCGGUUUCCAGGAGGCCCCCCUGGCUUACGAUGCUGUGUGGGCUCUAGCCCUGGCCCUGAACAAGACCGUGGGACCCCUAAAGGCCAAGGGUCACCGGCUAGAAGAUUUCAACUACAACAACCGAGAUAUCACAGCUGAGAUCUACCGAGCCAUGAACACCAGCUCCUUCGAAGGAGUUUCAGGUCAUGUUGUAUUUGACGCUCAAGGAUCCCGUAUGGCCUGGACUCUUAUUGAACAGCUUCAAGGAGGGAGCUAUAAGAAGAUUGGAUACUACGACAGCACAAAAGGCAAUCUGUCCUGGUAUGGGAAUGACAAGUGGAUAGGCUUAGGACCGCCUGCAGACCAGACGGUGGUCAUCGAGGAGUUUCGCUACCUGUCCCAGAAGAUCUUUGUGUCCGUGUCUGUCUUUGCUGGGUUGGGAAUCCUGCUGGGAAUCAUCUGCCUCACCUCCAACAUCUACAACAGCAAUGUCAGGUACAUUCAGAACUCUCAGCCCUACCUUAACAACAUGACUGCCGUGGGCUGCAUGAUGGCGCUGGCUGCUGUCUUCCCUCUGGGCAUCGAUGGCCUUCAUGUCCACAGGAGGCAGUUCCCCGUCGUCUGCCAGUUUCGCCUGUGGCUGCUUGGUCUGGGUUUCAGCCUCGCCUACGGGAGCAUGUUCACCAAGAUCUGGUGGGUCCAUACUGUCUUCACCAAGAAGGAUGAGAAGAAGGACAAGAGAAAGCAGCACCUGGAACCAUGGAAACUCUAUGCAACCGUUGGUGUUUUGCUCGGCAUCGACAUCCUGUCUCUCAUGAUCUGGCAGAUUGUGGAUCCUUUACAUAUCACAGUGGAGCAGAAAUUCACCAGAGAAGCCCCCAAAGGAGACCUGGAUGUUCUGAUUCAGCCUUUACUGGAACACUGCAGCUCAGAAAAGAUGAACACCUGGCUGGGUGUUGUGUAUGGUUAUAAAGGUUUGCUGCUGCUGCUCGGCAUCUUCCUGGCCUAUGAAACCAAGUCCAUCUCCACAGAGAAGAUCAAUGACCACCGAGCCGUGGGCAUGGCCAUCUAUAAUGUUGCUGUACUGUGUAUGAUAACAGCUCCAGUCACCAUGAUCCUGUCCUCUCAGCAGGACGCCUCGUUCGCCUUUGCUUCCUUGGCCAUAGUCUUCUCAGUCUACAUCACCCUGGUGGUUCUGUUCGUCCCCAAGAUGCGACGUCUGGUCACACGGGGUGAGUGGCAGUCAGAUGCCCAGGAGACCAUGAAGACUGGCUCGUCUACCAAUAACAAUGAUGAGGAGAAGUCCAGACAGCUGGAGAGAGAGAACAAGGAGCUCCAGAAGAUCAUCCAGGAGAAAGAAGAGCGUGUGUCUGAGCUAAGAAACCAGCUGUCUGAGCGGCAAGCCCUGCGGUCCAGGAGAAGAGCGUCCACUGUCUCUAAUCAGAAUCACAGCUCUUCAUCUCCUGCCAUUCCCCAGAGUGACCCCAGGUCCCUGGCUCCUCCUCCAGGGUACCCCGUCCCCAUCUCUGACCUCCACCCCAUCCCACCGUCCUUCGGCAACUCAUCCAGCCUCUACCAGCCGGACAGCAAGAUCAGCCGAAAUAACUGCCACACUAGCCGGCUGCAGCUGCUCUACAAGUGAGGGAUGAGGACAGCAAUGAGGUUCAUAACUACAUAAAGAUUUGAAAAAGAACCAGAUCAUUACCUGUUGGAGGGGCUGACUCCAAAACUUGUUACACCAAUUAGCAGAGGCUGGAGGAUAACCAGUUUUGGAGCUGAUCAAUCAAUAUGUUAUUUUCCUUUUCUCUCAGAAAAAGGAUGUACAUACGCCCACAUCUGGUAAUCGUACAAUUUUGCCUCUAAUCUGCCAUUGAUUUAUCAUGUGCCAUCUACAAUUUGCAAUCAGAAUUGACUGUUCGCUAAGCACUAGCCCCCUUAGCUACAGUUGCUUGUCAAGCUUUCCAUUGUAACACUGCUCGUAAUGCAGUUUACUACAGAUUUACCACCAAAAUCCUUGUCUAUAGAUUAAAGAAGACAAAAGCAGCUUCUCAUUUGUGGCAACUGUUGAAUAUGUCGUCUGAAAUCACAACUGUCACUGGGAGACUUAUUUAGUUUUAGAUGAUUUUUUUUUUUGCUAAUUAACAUUCAAUCUAUUAGCUGGUUGUAAACUCCAACUGACUCAUUUUAAAAUAAAACCCCAUUAGAUGGGUCUUUAAUAUAGAUACAAACGUACAUUAAUAUAUAGGCUAACCCUAACCCUAACCCUAGAUACAUGGCAUUGUGCUAACAGCCUAAAGCUAGGUAUCUGGGGAAAAGUCAGCAUCCCCAUCAGUUGAUAGAGAAGACACUGAAAUAAAGGAGCAGAACUGUUCUUAUCCUGAAGGGUAGUUAGCCCUAGGAUUAUAGUGCAGUGUGAAAAUGAAAAUGUAAGAUCAAACUGUUAUUUUGUUAUAACUAGUGUUGGGUAUAGAGAACCAGUUCCAAAAUUCCGAUUCCAAAGGAAUCAUUACGAAAUUUAAAUUUCGGUUCUGUUUUUGGUUCCUAAACAACUACAUAUCGACAUAUCCUUCUCCAGCCAGUCGUAUGUUUUACUCCAAGACGCAAUAAAUGUUGUUUGAGUUUCUCGUAUGUUGUUCAUAUAGAUCAUCAUCUCAUCUAUGAAGUAAACAAGCCGGUGAGGUCACAGUCUGUUAGAGCCAUGUGGAGACAAUCCAAGUCCUCUUAGGGCUAGAGCAUAAACCUUAAAUAUAAUAAAAAGCACAAGAGAGCUGCUAACGUUGCCUAAACUCUAAUAUUGUUGCAUCCAGGUCUGGCUCAUGUCCCAGUCCAGACAGGGACCUGUAAACCCUCCAAAUAAUAAAGUUAACAAAUGACUCUUGGCUCUGGAUGUAAGGCUAGGUCACAACUGUAUGUAGUAAGCUAACAUGCUUACCUUUGCUGCUUAAGUUAGGACAGAUAAACCUGUUUUUUGGGCUCUAUUAAGAGUGAUACUUGGUAUCCAAAUCAUUUGGAGGGUGGUAUCUUUCUUUAUCUCCCUUCCAAAACCAAAAACACAAGAGCGAAAGCACAAGGAAUUUAAUAUUGUUUGUUAUUGUAUUGUGUAGCUUUAGCCUCAGUCUUUUAGCAUGAUAUGUCUGUAGCCUUCAAGUGCAUAUGCAAACAUGAAGAGCCUCUCAUUUUAAAACAAGUCAGCUAGAAGCAAAAUGAACCCUUCUACCAUAACUGUGUUGGUGUUAGUUAGCAAGCUAUGGCUAAUAAAAUCUGCUAGCGACCAUAAAAUCUGCUAGCGACAGUUGUCAUAGCAAGCUACGGCUAAUAAAAUCUGCUACCGACAGUUGUCAUUUCACCUGACAAAAGAGACACCUGACCUGAGAAGACUGCUUUUGGUUACUUAUGUGUGAAUUCAAAGUCCCAUUGUUUAAAAAUGACUUUGAAUUGUGUUGGUAAAUCUGCUAACAUUAUCAUUGAAAACUAAAGUUCUAGAAUAAAAAAGUUCAACAGAUAGCAACAGUAGCUAAUAGGGGGUGUGGCUUAAGGCUCCAUUGGAGACCAAGAUGUUAAGCAUUUAUUAUAUCUGUACCUUAAAAUAUUGCCUCCUAAUGUGUUUAGAUAGUGCUAAGAGGCUGGACAAAAGGACAGACUUCAUGAUGAUGUCAGUUUUGUGACAAAGUAACUGGUUGUAUCCAAAACAAAAUAGGUUCGGCUUCUUUUGUUAACUGUUUGAUGGUGUUUUUUUACAUUAUUAGUCUCUGUUCAAAGAGACUGCUCAGUCAUUGUACAUAGUUGUACACAUGUUCAUGCUAAACCCCUCAGUGUGGAUUAACUU